AUGCUCAUGAUCACAGACGGACUUUGGAUAGGUCUGACUAAGCAACAAGUCUCCAACACUAUGAUCGAUACUUCUGUUGGAGAUUUGUUGCUUAGUCUGUCUGUGUAUUCCAUCUUUGAAUCUUCGACCUUGGUUGACACUGGAUCGUCUUAUACCGAUAACGAUUACUCCAUUAGUGCUGAUGUCGGAACAGAGAUGUUUGGCGGUCCAUAUGUGAUCAAUUGGAAUGUCACUGGACUCAAUUUUGGAUACACCUCAUUGGAUGCUAUCACAGGAUCUGUCGGAGGUAUUUUGGGUAUUGGGUAUCCUGCUUCUGAAGAGAUUGAACCGUCUUAUUCUAACUUCCCCAUGAUUCUAAAGGACCAAGGGGCCAUAUCAACAGUUAUGUAUUCAAUUGCUGAUGGUAGAAUUGUAUUUGGAGGCAUUGAUACCUUAGCGUGCCCUGGACCAUUGGUAAAGACUCCAGUAGCAUUGGCUGCAACUCUGCAAGGACAAUCUACGGUUUAUCAAUAUACAGCAGUAACCAUGAACAGUUUAAUGCUCAACAAUACCAUUGUAAGCAAUGAAAAGCUUAUCAUGAACUUGGAUACAAGUAGUAGUCUGUUGAACGUUCCUUAUUCCAUUUGGAUCAACAUUGAUUUGCUUAUGGGACCACAAAGAGUUAGAAGUAAUGGGGUCACCUACUAUUUGAAGAGUAGAGUAUUAGGCACUAUGCUAACAGCAAGUAUCACGGGAUACAACAUUCAAUUCUCUUUAGGUGACAUUAUUAACGGUGAAUUAACCUCAAACGGUAUCGUCUAUGUUUCCUUGGAUUAUAAGGUCAUUGAUGUUCCUACAGCCCUUGUGGGUUCGUUACCCAAUAUUAUCUUUGAAAAGUAUUGUGUGGUGGUAGAUAUGGAGACCAAUGAGAUUCUCUUUACUGAACAAGAUGCUGGUAGUGAUGGAACUGUUAAGGCCGUUAAAAGCGGUUCUUAUCCAGUAGCCACUUCUGCUGCUACCAGUUACUCAGCGACUUAUUCUAAGAUCUAUAUUAAUUCAUUGGAAACUGCCAUCGGUGUCAACCAAAGUUAG